GCCUCCCUGGAUUGGACGUGGUGGUACAUGGUCAAUUCCUUCCCGUCUGAAUUUAGAGAUCCUUUCACACCUCCGCUGAACACCACGCUCCUGGAUUGAUAUUUUUAUUUUUAUUUUUAUUUUUCGCGCCAAAGUCGACUCUGCUUGGCUGACGAGACGCGAGGGACAGUCCAAUAUCCGUUGAAGAAGAAGGGGCCAGAAGGCGAAUCAUAAUCCGCAGAGCGUCCAAGGGUGCGUGCGGGAGCGUCACCCAGGUGUAUCCACCGGGCCAUCUUCCACGGUUGAACGGCGCGAGUGGCUCUCUGACUAGCGUUUGCUGUUUCUCGCCAGCACCAAAAGGAAACAUCCCAACACCCUUCCCUCCACCGCCCGCCGCCGCCGCCGCCGCCGCCGGCCGCCCACCCACCCACCACACACGCCCUCCCCCAGCCUCCACAUUUUUGCUUGAGCCCACAGUCGUUCACGCUGCCUGAACUUACAGCAAAGUAUUAUCGGACGAGCGCAGAUUCAGCCAAAAAGCGCAGCAAAUCAAGAGAUCAAAAAGAAGUAAAAUAAAAGGGAAAAAAAAAGAAAGCGUGAACCUCCUACGACUCGUCACGACUGCUACGAAUGAUAUUUCAUGCUUGGUUGCGUUGUUGCGUUCUCGUCGCCUAAUCUCUCGACCCGCAGUCAAUGUACUCAGUCCACCAAGUACCAAACAUCGAAAGCUCUUCCGGUCUCGUUUGACAUUUCUGGGAAAUACCAAGACGCGACUUGACUGACCGCUCCUUGACAAGGAUACCAAACAAGUGCUUCCGUGUACAAUUACCUACGAUUGCAUUUGAAUUUUUCUGAGCGUUGUGUAUGCUUUCACGUUAUUGACGAGGCCGGGUUAGAUCAUUUGACCUAGAACUUUGUUGCUGUUAUAUUGAAUGAGCUCCGAAGAACGCGACACGUUGCUACUUUGAGUGGCAUUGCUGAAGAGCCAGUUGAUAUUCGACGCCUACGAGACUCACGAUCCAUAUACGAUCCUCGCUUCGCCCUAAUUUUUCCUUCGCGACCAUCGCUCGUUUGAAGGACCUGCUAUCCAUUACCAAUUUCUGUCCAAAGAAGUUUCGUUUCGGACCGGAAAGCUGGAGCUGCCGUCGAUAUCCCAGGUUCACACCCGCAACCCCGUUGAUAUCCCGUUUUACAAUCAUCACGCGUCUCAAAGACCUCUCUUUGGUGCUGACAGGUUGCGAUCUCUGUGUCUUCCUGACCCGCAGCUGACGGUCCUGGGAGGAAACCCAUCAAUCUCGGGCUUAAAGCACGACGUUUCUGGGUCACCUACGUCAAUUCCCGCAGCAACACAUCCUGGUGGUCCAGGAUCUGAGCUUUCAAGCCACUCUCCGCCUCUAUCUGAGCCGAAAGUAUCUCAGUCAUCAUUGGCUGAGAGGACUGGAGGGGUCAAUCACAGGCCUCCUUUGGAAUCCACGCGCCAGACAGAUUACGUGGGCGCAGGGGAGAGUUAUCUCCAGAGUUCAACGAAUUUGGGAACCAUGAACCAAACUCAGUCGUAUAUGGACGUACAUUCGUCACAUUUACCUUCGGCGCAGGCAUAUACGUCCCAACCCGGGGCUGUUGAAACACUAUCACACUAUCCGUAUCAACAGCCUCCUCUUUUACAGCCUGGACCCACCGCUUAUGCACCAACGACCAGCGCAUACCCGUAUGGUUAUUCGAACCCUGUUACCUCCCCUCAGUCAAGCAGCCAACCAGUGACAAAUUCCCUCGCUCCACAUGCUCCUGCUCAGAUUUUACCUUUACCUGCUAUGACGACUGCUCCAAAUCCCCAUGGAUAUGCUGGAUCUAAUACCCAUACUCCGCCUUAUAAUGUGCCUCAUACUUUCGACACUACCGGCCAGGUAGCGCCUCCAGGAAUGAAACCAAGAGUGACUGCCACACUUUGGGAAGAUGAGGGUACUCUAUGUUUUCAAGUGGAAGCGAAGGGCGUCUGUGUCGCUCGUAGAGAAGAUAACCACAUGAUCAAUGGUACUAAAUUGUUAAAUGUUGCUGGGAUGACCAGAGGAAGGAGGGAUGGUAUUCUUAAGAGUGAAAAGGUCCGGCAUGUGGUUAAAAUCGGGCCCAUGCAUCUCAAGGGUGUCUGGAUUCCCUUUGAGCGUGCCCUUGAAUUUGCCAAUAAAGAGAAAAUUACAGACUUGCUUUACCCGCUGUUUGUUCAUAACAUUGGAGGUCUUUUGUACCAUCCAUCGAAUCAAACGAGGCCGAACUCGAUUGUUGCAGCCACUGAACGAAGACGGAUUGAGGCAAACCAGCAACAGAGUCGCUCUGUCCAAGGACCGCAACCACCACCAUUGCACCACCAUCACUCCAUGCACAACCCUGUUACUUCACAAGUUACCCAACCUUCCAGCCAGGCUCUCAUUCCUGCUGGUCGACCAAGUUUUGAACGUGCCCACACAUUUCCGACUCCUCCUGCGAGUGCCUCUAGUCUGGUGGGCGUGACAAAUCAGGGCAGCUCUUAUGAUUGGGCUGGAAAUGUCCAUAAUUCGCAUGCGUUAUCAAUUGAGACGGGAUUGGGUAAUUCGAGGUCGAUGCCAACCACUCCCGCAACAACACCUCCAAGCUCCAACUUGCAAAGCAUGCAAUCGUACCAAAGCCAGCAGACAUAUGACUCCAAACCAUAUUACCCUUCCGCCCCCUCCAGCCAGCCCCCCUUUACCUCACAACAGCCAACCGCUACCCAGAAUAUGUCCAGCCAGGGAAAUGGGCAAGUGACCCAUGGUACAGCAGUAGGAGAGGGAGGACAAGAGCAUGAGAGUGAAUAUAUCAACGACACCAACGGUCCCUAUAGCGGCAAUCGUGGAUCUUACAAUUACAGCACUGGUCAUUCUAGCAGCAAUUUGCAUGGAGAGCCUACCCAUUUAUCCUCCGAUAUUACGAACUCGGCGUCCAGCACAAAUGGGACUGAUAGGAUAGGUUCAAGGCCAAGUGCACAGAGCCAGUGGACACCCGGUUACUCAACUCCACGCCUCGGACCGCCCAGCAGCCUAUAUAAUGUUGUCAGUGAUACAAGGAGCACUCCCGCAAACGGUCCUGGGGGAGAUACUUACUCUGCUUCGUCAAACUCGGCGUCUGUCUACCCGUCUUCGGGUUUGAACGGUUCCGGUAAGCGUUCCAGGGACGAUGACGAUCAAGAGGAAACUUCCCGAGCCGACAGCCAACAUUGCGAAGUUAGUUACGAGCACAAACGGCGAAAAACACUUACCGAAAACCCUAUCGGGGGCCCCGUGGGCGGCGCAUCGCUUGCUCUCCAGAGCUUGAAGAAUGGGGGUAUGCCACGCCGCCGUUAAGAACCAUCGGGUACUCGCACCACCCUAUGGUGAUUAUAUGGUGAACCGGAAAUUUACCAUGGUCAGAUGGGUUCGUUCUCCUCUCCUCAGCUCUCGAACCACCUUUUUCAGCGGCGACGUACCACGGUCCCUGUCAUCAUGUUUCCGCUAUCAUUUAGUGGUGUGGCGAGAAAUUAUAAUUGCGAAUUCAGUAAUCGGACUAUUUUUGAACGCUACCUCACGAUGCAUCUAUUCAAUCCGUUGCUGACAUUAUAUUCCUCAAAGUCUCGGCUACUUACAUCGUUGUCGGUAGUCGCGAAAUCGAGAGUCAAUCCCUAGAGUUUAAGGGACAGCAGCCCAAUAUAUCGCUUUAUACAGUUACUAUGCCUCCCCUUUACUGCCGAGUUUCUCGGGAUAUUAAAUGAUCGUGAUAUUCAGCCUAGCCAUGUAAUCAAGGCGAUGUUGUGCUCUUUUCUCUUGAAGAUCGUGGAUUAAGCACUGGCUCGUUGAAAUAUUUGUCUUCGCGUUCUCACUUAUUGUCUCUUCCUUCUCCACACUAAACUGUCUCAACCUCUACAAUUCACCUUUUGCUGUUCAAUCCUCACCGCUUAUCAUUCGUCAUUUAUAAAACAAAAAAAUUGAUGAUGAUGAUGACACGAAUCUCCUUGAUACAGAUGUUUUGUCUUCUGCUCAGCAAGCCUUUACUCUUUAGAUCGAGGCUGGUCAUCUGGUUUUCCGCACUCGAAUUUCUACUAAUUCUUCACUUUGAUGACUCGCAUGAGGAAACGCUCGAUGAAUCUGCUACCCGGCUCUGUUAUGUUCCAGUCAGCGAGUUAUUCAAAAAGCGACUACACUUCCGAUGCAUUGGUGAUGCUUAUGAACUGGAGCGAAGAAUACUUUUUGUCUUUUCUAUGAAAGAAUUCCUCUUUGUUUGUUUUCUUCUUACAAGCCACUUUUACCUUUCUACUUCAAGAACGGUUUUUUUCCUGAUCGGUCCCUUCCGCUGCAUCUUUUUUGUUCCCCUUCCAACUAUACUCUCGUAUUUUUUUUUUUUUUUAAAGUCUCUCUGAUGGGCCUGGUUGGUGCAGAUUUUGGAUUAAGGUGCGGUAUUUCCAUGUUCGUUUUAUCCUUUCGCCAUGUCAUAGAUCAAUGGGUGAAUGAAUGAAUGAUAUCAUGGCCUUUUCAAUUCAAACCAUCCUGUGUUUUUGUAUUCUUGUAGUUAUCUCUCGAUCUGUGUGUUGUUGGGCAUAACCGGCAUUUCACUCUGACAGCUCGCAAUGCCAUUGAAUUUCUGAUCGUUGUA